AUCAAAUCCUCAAAAAGACGAAUCAUUUACAUAUUGAAAUCAAAAUUCCCAAAUUGAAAUCUAUACCUCUUUCCAUAUAUCAAAUUGAGAGAGCAUCUGUUUCAUUACCCAUUCUGAAAUCAAAUCAACCAAAUUAGGCUUAAAUUAAACACAUAUAAUUGAUGAAUUUAUGCUCCUGUCUCAUUCUUAGAUCACGUUUUGCUUUCCGAUCUCUCCAAUGGAUUAAAUAUCCAAUUAUAUCCAAAUAAAUAGAUAUGUUGUUUGUUCAGGAAAAUGUUUCGAUUGUGGAUCAUUGGCUCGUAAACGGGACGCAUUAUGCAAAGACAAGUGAAGAGUGGGUCAAAAGAAUGGAUAAGGAGAUAGUUGCAAUAAAAGAGAUAAUGGAAGUGACAUAUGGGAAAGAAGAAGCAGUGAAGUGGAUGGUUUACUGGAGAACCUUCUUCAUCGCGGUAGCUGAGCUUUUCGGGUACAACAAUGGAGAAGAGUGGAUGGUUGCACACUUCCUCUUCAAGAAGAAAUGAUGAUUUCUUUAUUUUCUUCUAUUUUUCAAUAAAGAACUGAAACAUGAAUAUAUAGAACUGAAGAAGAGAAGCAGAGGGAAUUACUGAGAGACAGUCUCUGUACUUUUUCCACUCGGCAACACACUCUUCUUUA